AUGGAUUUCAGCAACUCAAAGUCUUCCUCUUCUAAAAGCAAAAGAAAGCAGCAAACUCAGCACCAACAACAGCAACAGGAAACAAGAUUCUUGGGUGUAAGGAGGAGGCCAUGGGGUAGAUACGCAGCGGAGAUAAGGGACCCUUCCACAAAAGAAAGGCAUUGGCUCGGCACGUUUGACACUGCGGAGGAUGCAGCCUUGGCCUACGACCGUGCCUCUCGCUCCAUGCGUGGCUCCAAGGCUCGAACCAACUUUGUCUAUUCUGAUAUGCCAGCUGGUUCAUCCGUCACCUCCAUCAUCUCCCCUGACGAAUUCCAGCAUGACAUUUCAUCCAUCUUUUCCAUUAAUCCCCCUUUCCACCAUCAAAAUGAAGCUAACCACAACCAGAUUUUCUUCAAUCAAGACCCUUUCAAUGCAUGCCAGUUUUCUUCCGGAUUACCCGCCCAGGAAAGCGAUGCAGUUCAGUCUUACAGGCCCAUUACUGGGCUCAUGGAAGCUGGAAAUGGUGGUUCUCCACAGUUCAGGGAUAACUCGUCUGAGUUGCCACCUUUGCCUCCUGAUGUCUCCUCUACCUGUUACGGGUACGGGUCGGGAGUUGAUGGUUCAGAUAUGGGUUAUGGAGCUUGGAAUGACACAGGCCUGUUCGGGUUCUCGGAUCAAAACUCAAAUGGGUUUGACUCGUAUGUGGGCUUUAACUCAUACGAGUUAGAGCAGGACAGCCCUUUCCUUGAGAACAUGCCAUUGCCAUCGCUUCCUAAUUCGGUAGGUAACGCAUUUGAUUUGGGUUCAUCCUCCACUUACUUCUUUCAAUAA